AUGUACUAUCGUGACGCUGAUGGGGCUAUUUUAGUCUUUGAUGUGACUGACAAGGCAUCUUUUGAAAACAUAAAAAACAUUUGGAUUAAAGAUGUUGAGGAGAAAGCUCCUGAGAAUAUCCAGUUAGCUAUUGUAGGCAACAAAAGCGACAGAGUUGACUCAGAAGUAGUUACUUUUAAGGAAGCCUAGGAGUUUGCUCUUUAAAGUAGAGCCAUAUUAAAGUUCGUAAGUGCUAAGAAAAAUCAAGGACUCCAGGAGGUCUUUUAAAAGUUAGGAGAAAAACUACUAUAACAACCCUCAAAUAGGUCGGGAAGUGUGCGUAUUAGAAGUGGCUCUCAUAAGAGAAGAAACAAGAAGGGAAAAUGCUGUGCUAUAUUCUGA